AAAAAGAAUCAUCUUAAUUAAAAUUUAAAAAAAGACUCCAUUUUUAAGUCAACGCCAACUAGCCCAUGCAACCAAAGCACACAGCCGAAGAACAUUUCAUCGCCAGCGCACACCGAAGAGAAGAAGAAGAAGAAUCUUUCACCUCAGCACCACUGUUCAUCAAGAAUCAAGAAUUUAUAAAGGAAAAGAAAAAAAUCAAGAAUCUGAUUUUGGGGUUUCUGGGUUUUACACAGAGCGAAUUGAUUUUUGAUUUCUACCAAGAAAUUAAAUGGGUCGGAAGGGAAACGAAUCGGAGCCGACCCGGUGGGGUUUCUUGAUUCUCCUCUUGAUGGGUUUGGUAUCUUUUUCCGUUGUCUACAUUUUCAUGACAUCUGUAUUAAGACCACCGUCUUCAUUAUCAUCCAAUUCAAAGGUUUAUUCUUUGGAAUAUUCUGCUGGAAUUGCCGAGGGUUACGUCGAACAAUCGGAAUUGAAAUCGAAUGGGGGUUGCUGUAAAGGGAUUGAGAAUGUUGAGCUUUGGGGGGAUGCUGUGAAAUGGGGCACUGAUUUCAAGUUCAAUUCGUCCGAACAAUGUUGUCGGGCUUGUAAGAAGAUGUGCACGGGGAACGACGGGCCUUGUCUUUGCGAUUCGUGGGUUUUUUGUGGGAAUAAAGAGGCUUGUGGGGACAAAUUCGGUGAGUGCUGGUUGAAGAAACAGAAGGAUGUUUUGUUUCCCGAUAGGCAGGACGGUGGAAAUAAAGUUAUGUGGACAUCUGGCAUUAUUUUUGGACGAGGAAAGGGCAUUGUUGGAUUUGAAACAGAGUACGGUACUCUACACGUCAAGCUUUUGCCCGAUUGUUCUCCACAUUCUGUUGCGUAUAUCACAGAGUUAUUAACUCUUCGUCACUGUGCUGGUUGCCACUUUUAUCGAGCAGAAAGCCGAGGUCAAUCUUGGGAUAUUAAUGGAAACCACAUUAACGAUGCUUCGUUUGGGCCACCGUUUGCUCUAAUUCAAGGAACGCUAGAAGCACAAGGAACGGCAUUUAACGGUAUCCAAACAGAGCACUGUCCGAUUGUAAGGAGGGGCUCGAUUGCAUGGGUGGGGUCCGGUCCGGAAUUCUUUAUAAGCUUAGCCAAUCACGAAGAGUGGAAAAAUUCGUACACCGUGUUUGGUUUUGUUCUUCCGGAAGAUAUGGUUAUUGCCGAGAAAAUUGCUCAGCUUCCCACGAAACCGGACGUUUGGAGUAACAUUAAUGUCUCGGUUUUGGAGACGAAUGUUCCGUUGAAAAUUCAAAGAAUUAAAAUCGGCGACGGUGACGAAAAUCUAAGUGCUAAUUAAAAGAAAAAAAUAGGUAACCGUUUGUAACUUUUUUUUGUUUUUUUUUUGUUUUUAAUUCGAGCAAUUUAUUUUGUAUGUUGAACUAGGCACCUUUUUUUGACAUUUCUAGAUAUUUUAUUCCUGAAAAAAAGAAAUAAAAUAAAGAAAAAUAAUAAUUUUAUUUACUUAUAUUCGUUAUGUUUUGAGUGAUUAUUACAAAAUAUUAGUUAUAUUCGAAGAUUAUUUAUAUG